GUUUACAGGAAGCGUGAAUAAAUCUUCCAUAUUCUCCGCAAUAUGGAUGCAUAUGUGAUGCUCUGGGGAAAGAAAUGUAGGUCAUCGUGUGACCUAUUUUUAGCUGACCCCGAACAGUCAUAAUUCAUGGAUCUAGAGCGAUUUGGCACUUCAGUUUGAGUGAAUCAGUGGGAAAAACACUGCCAGAUUGCUCCCAAAGGUAUCGGUUAUGCAGCUAUGGGUGAUCUGCCACGGAACCAUAGUGACCAAGGUUCAUAGCAACAUGAGGAGAAAAUGUUUUCAACAGGUGUAGGGGAGAACUUAAUCAGAUUGAUGAAAUCAUUAUACGAUAAUACAACUAUUAGAGUACACAUUAAGAUCAAAGAAAAUUCUGCUGAAGUUGAUAUCACUCAGCCUUUUUUCAGGGUAUAAGUUUCAGCUCUGCACUUCUUACAAUGUUUAUCUCAGAUAUUGUAAAAUUCUUUAAAGGCUAAUUCUUGAAGACAGGUACAGAGGAAAUUGAAAUUUUUCCAACAGUAUUGAUAUAACCAUAUAUUGAGACUUAUCAUAUUAAAUUCCAAAGUUAUGGUUUUCCAAAAAUCUUCUUAAGCAAAGAAACUAAAACCUAUUUACUGACAAUGAACAAGUCCAAUACACAUAAGAUUACACUUACCUUGCAGUCCAAAUUACAUUAACUGAUAAAUUUAGAGUAUUUCAUGCAAAAAUGAACUAGCUUUCUUUUUUUAUCUAUCACAUAUGUAAGGGAAAUCUUCAGAAAAAGAAAAAGUGUUCCUGGGAAACAAAACAAUGUUAUUUUAUGCUAUGGUUUCUUCGACAUUUUUAUUGUCUUAGUUACAUAGAUGUUAUGGAAGGUAUCAAAAUUUUUUCAAUCUCUAUUCUUCUGGCUUGCAUCCACAACUAAUCAUAUAAUAAUACACUUGGAAUCAGGUCACUUACCUUUUUCAAUUUUUAAGAAAAUAAUUAGUUAAUGGAUAAAGAAGAGAGGCUACGAUGGCUUUGCUUUGACACCCUUUAGGUACGUCUGGCAGAAGAUCUCUCAUUUCAAAGAUCAGGUCUAAGUUUGUGAAAUAGACUGUGUUAUGUACCUCUACAGUUGGGGAAUGAGGGCAAUGGUAGGCUAGAAACCAGAUGGAUGGACUGAACCUACAAAGAUGAUACAGAAC